AUGGAGAAGUUUACAGGAGAUGAACAUGGCAUUAGGGAUCUGAUGGAUGCCCUUGAUCAGAGAUACACAAAGAUCGAGGAUCGACUUAUCCAGCACGACUUGGAGUGGAUUUGGUGCCGCCAGAAUGAAGAUGGCCUAAUCCUCUUCAGCGCAUCGACAACUGAGAGAGACGACAAGAUUAAUGCGCAGCAGAGCCAGCAGGACAAGUAA